GUGCGAUGUAAACAAGGAAGUCGGUGGUGAAAUAGAAAGGGACAUUUAAGUCUGUGAGGAGAUCACACGGAGCUGAGUUCCUGUUUCAUGCCUCAUAUAAGCCUACAGAAUGGAGGAGAGACACAAAAGGAUUCUCCAACGCAAUAGGGUCAAUCUCGUGAGCGACCUGAACCCAUCAGAUAUGUAUGAUGGACUUCUGUCAAAAGGAAUCUUUACUCAAGACAUGAUUGACGAGAUAAAGAGAUCAGGAACCAGGCGAGACCAAGCCAGACAGCUGGUUCGAGACCUGGAGACUCGUGGGAGUCGGGCCUUCCCAGCUUUAAUAGAGUGCCUUCGUGAGAAAGGGCAGCAUAGCCUGCCGGAUCUCCUGUUGGCGGGGGAACCACAGAGCCAGCCUCUACCUCUGCCUGUCCAUGUCCGGCCAGUCGUUAGGCCUUUGCCAGUUUACUCUCAUGUGGACACUGUGGUAACCCCUGUCUAUCCAAGUCAACCAGUUAGACCUUUGCCUACGCCUACCACUCCCAGUUUAUCCCCUGAAAGGGAGUUUGGAAAACCCAGGGCAACAGGAAGAGUUAGACGUGACAGUAUUCAGAGUUAUAAGAUGGAUGCCAGCCCCUGUGGACACUGCCUGAUCAUAAACAAUGUCGAUUUUGAGCCUCAGUCAGAGCUGAAUAACCGCACAGGGUCCAACAUAGACUGCGACAAACUGGAGAGAAGAUUUCAAUCCCUUAACUUUAUUGUCCUUGUCAAGAGAAACCUGAAACAGAAGCAAAUAAGGCAGGAGCUAUCAGCUUUGUCCAAGAAGGAUCAUUCACAAUGUGAUUGUUGUGUGGUGAUCAUGCUAUCACAUGGGACGGAGGUAAGUCACAAUCGCUUCCCUGGUGCAGUGCAUGGAGUGGACGGGCCCAAUGUCCCAGUUCAGCUCAUCACAAACUACCUCAAUGGUCAGAACUGCCCAUCCCUACAGGGCAAGCCCAAGCUCUUCUUCAUCCAGGCCUGUGGGGGAGGUGAGAGAGACACAGGCUUUGAGGUGACUCCUGACGAGGAUAGGCCUUGUAUUGGAGGAACAGAUGACCAGACGGACGCCAUGCCCAUGUCCUCCAGCAGUGACUCUCUGAGCACUCCGUCUGAUGAGCCAGACGCUAGGGCCACACUGCCCACACCUAGUGACAUACUGGUGUCCUACUCCACCUUCCCAGGUUACGUCUCCUGGAGAGAUACACAAGCUGGCUCCUGGUAUGUAGAAACACUGGAUAACGUCUUAGAAGACAAUGCUGCCGAUAAUGACCUGGUCACCAUGUUAAUGAUGGUAAACCAUGAAGUUUCACAAAACUCAGCCAAAGGCCUCUACAAACAGAUGCCUGGUUCCUUUAACUUUCUACGCAAACUUCUCUACUUUCAAGUCCUGCCCUGCCAGAGACCAAUCCAGGCAUGACGGCACUCUCAGGAAACAUUUGUCUCUUCAUGUGCCAUUAAUAAAAAUAUCCUCUACCAA